AUGUCUUCCGACCUCGAGCGGUACAUAAGCGACAACGCACUCCGGUUCUUUGGGCUUUCCAAUCGGAGUAUCGUUGACUAUGUGGUAGCGUCAGCUUCUUCUUCAAAAUCUCCGGAAAGUCUGUUCUCCGCACUCAACGCUUCCGGUUUGCCAGACACACCAGACGCGCAUGGCUUUGCCCAGGAAGUGUAUGCACGCGCGCCUCGGAAGACAAAGCACAAGAAGCACGCCGACCACUCGCGGCGGCAGGCGGAAGAGGAGGCGAAGUUGCUUCGCUCGCAAAAGUUUGGGCUCAUCCUCGAAGACGACGUGGGGCAGAGUAGUGCGGUCGAGCUGAAGAAGGGCGAGCGGAGUAGUGGGAAGGGGAAGCACGAGCGGCAUACACGCAAGCGUGAGAGCGAUGCGCGAGAUUGGGAGAGUGAUGAAGAGGAGAUGGCGCGGAAGAGGCUUCGGACGGACGACAGUGAGGACAGAAGGCGGGAAGAGGAGGAGGACAUGAACGUCGAGCUACCCGAGGACGAGGAGAAGCGCAAGGAGCGGCAGAGACUGGAGGACCUGCGGGAGCGGGACGCGUUUGCAGAGCGCGUAAAGGGGCGGGACCGGGAGAAGACGAAGCGCGUCGUAGAGGACAGGUCGUCUAAGGCCACUGGCGCUGCGGCGGAAGCGGCGCAGCGACGACAACUGGCGGACGACUCAUAUGCCCGGGAACGCGCUAUGCCUAACUUGCGAGAACACUCCCGCCAGGAGUACCUCACGAAGCGUGAGAUCCAGCGGAUAGAGCUCUUGCGCAGGGAGAUUGCUGACGAUGAGGCGUUGUUCCGGGGGAUGAAGAUGACGAAACGGGAGCGACGGGACCUUGAACGGAAGAAGGAGCUACUUAGACUGGUUGAGGAACGCUUGAAGAUUGACGACAAGUGGGAGGGCUACCAGCUUCCUGAAGACUACCUCACCGAGCAAGGGAAGAUCGACAAGAAGAAGAAGGAGAGCGUCCUGUAUCAGCGGUACGAGGAUGCGAAGCCCAAGGAUGACCAGUUCACCACGGAUGUUGACCAGUGGGAGGCCGCGCAAACGAGACACAGUACGUUCAAAGUGGGCGCGAUGGACAAGUCAGAGAUUGUGGAAGAUUAUGAGUACGUCUUCGACGAGAGCCAGACCAUCAAAUUCGUCAUGGAGAGUACCAUGGGUGGUGAGGGCAAUCUGAGUGCUGCCGACAAGCUGUUGCAGCAGCAGAUUGAAGAAGCCGAGACGCGAGCCAAGACUAUUGACGAGACGAGGAAGUCACUCCCGAUCUAUCACUAUCGUGAACAGCUCUUGGAGGCCAUCAAGGAACACCAAGUACUCAUCGUUGUCGCUGAGACCGGUUCAGGGAAGACAACACAGCUACCACAAUAUCUGCACGAAGCAGGGUACACAGCAGGCGGACAGAAGGUUGGAUGCACCCAGCCUCGGCGCGUCGCUGCGAUGUCCGUCGCUUCCCGUGUUGCGGACGAAAUGGGUACGAAGGUGGGGUACGAGGUCGGAUACUCGAUCCGUUUCGAGGACUGCACAAGCGACAAGACUGUGCUCAAGUACAUGACAGAUGGCAUGCUCCUUCGCGAGUUCCUGACAGAGCCUGACUUGGCAGGCUACGCCUGCCUCAUUAUCGACGAGGCACAUGAGAGAACGUUGAGUACCGAUAUUCUGUUCGCCCUUGUGAAGGAUAUUGCACGCUUCCGCCCGGAGUUGAGAUUGCUUAUUUCCAGCGCUACGAUGGAUGCGGAAAAGUUCAGCGAGUACUUCGACAACGCUCCUGUCUUCUAUGUCCCUGGUAGACGGUAUCCAGUCGAUAUUCACUACACUCCACAACCCGAAGCAAAUUACUUGCAUGCUGCGAUUACCACGGUUUUCCAGAUUCAUACCACACAGCCGAAAGGCGAUAUUCUUGUAUUCUUUACCGGCCAAGACGAGAUUGAAGCUGCCCAGGAAAACUUGCAAGAGACUGCACGUACACUGGGGAACAAGAUCGCGGAACUCAUCAUCUGCCCGAUCUACGCGAAUUUGCCGAGCGACAUGCAAGCGAAGAUUUUUGAGCCAACGCCGGAAGGCGCUCGCAAGGUUGUGCUUGCGACGAACAUCGCUGAGACGUCCAUCACCAUCGAUGGUGUUGUCUUCGUGAUCGACCCGGGCUUCGUGAAGCAAAAUUCGUACAAUCCGCGUACGGGGAUGUCCUCGCUGGUUGUUGUACCUUGUUCUCGAGCGUCCGCGAAUCAACGAGCAGGUCGCGCAGGCCGUGUCGGCCCAGGCAAGGCCUUCCGCCUGUACACGAAGUGGGCGUUCGCCAAUGAGCUCGAGGAGAACACGGUGCCCGAAAUCCAGCGCACGAAUCUCGGGAUGGUGGUCUUACUCCUGAAGUCGCUCGGGAUCAACGACCUGAUCGGGUUCGAAUUCAUGGACCCACCACCCGGCGAGACGCUUAUGCGUGCGCUGGAAUUGCUCUAUGCGCUCGGCGCGCUGAAUGAUCGGGGCGAACUCACCAAGCUCGGGCGGCGGAUGGCAGAGUUCCCCGUGGACCCGAUGUUGUCCAAGGCGAUCAUCGCGAGCGAGAACUACAACUGCACAGACGAGGUGCUCACGAUUAUCUCGAUGCUGCAGGAGUCGUCUUCUAUCUUCUACCGGCCGAAGGACAAGAAGCUCCAUGCGGACCAGGCACGCCAGAACUUUGUGCGCGGGGGAGGAGACCACUUCACCCUGCUGAACGUGUGGGAGCAGUGGGCCGAGACGAACUACUCGCAGCAGUUUUGUUACGAGCAGUUCCUGCAGUUCAAGAGCUUGAGCCGCGCGCGUGAUAUUCGGGACCAACUAGCGGGUCUUUGUGAACGCGUAGAGAUUGUGGUGCAGAGCAAUCCGAACACGAACGAUAUCACGCCAGUGCAGAAGGCGAUCACUGCAGGAUACUUCUACAAUACGGCACAAUUGCAGAAGAGCGGUGACUCGUACCGGACGCUCAAGACGAACCAGACGGUUUACAUCCAUCCAUCCUCGAGUUUGUUCCAGCACACACCGCCUGUGAAGACUGUCCUGUACUACGAGCUGGUCAUGACAUCGAAGUCGUAUCUGCGGCAAGUGAUGGAGAUCAAGCCAUCAUGGUUGCUCGAGGUCGCACCACAUUACUUCAAGGAAGCGGACCUGGAGCAGUUGGCGACCGGGGAGAAGAAGAUGCCGAAGACGGUUGGUAGUGUUGGGGAGAAAGCGAGGAUGUAA